UUAACAGGCGUUUUUAGGCAUUGGAAGUUAGAGGUUGAAACAUCGUGGGAACCGGCACGUGUGCGGCGUGAUCAGUCAACGAUGGAUACCUGCUCCCUGUUUCCGUGUGAAGCCACUCAAGAGCGUUGAGGAUCCGUGUGCGGCUCACACUCUCGAGGAAAGCUUCAACCUUAAUCCGCUCGCACUCUCUCUGUGCCUGGCAACCUCAGGCGUAGAGUGUCCCCAGUCGACAGGGUUGUCUGCCAGUGCGGGGCCUGGACGCCAGCCCUCUCGUGCUCUGAAAGCAUCACUCAGAACGCGUCGAGUAGUCUCAAUGAUCCGAUUGGGCUUGCACCCGAGCUGCUCGUCGUCGCUCGUGCUACCUUCGCGCUACUGAAAAGUUAGCCUCUCGGAGCGUUGCCCCAUUGACCAUGGACCGCUUCUGAGUCCGGCCGACUCCAUGGUGCACGGCUGUCCGAUACGCUCCGCGGUCCAUCUCCAUGGCAUCCUUGGAUCACCAGCCGGAUCUACUCUCGAGUGCUAGCGAUCAGAGGAGGGAGAAACACUUGGAGGAGGGCCCAGCAGUGCGCCAGAACAACCGGCCUUCAAAUUCAUGCGUUGGCACUCCUUCUCGCGCUUCACUGGGACGCCGUGCACGAGUUCUAGGGAAGAGCAUGGCGUCCCAGGAGUGACGAAGCGCUCCUACGAAGCGGUCUCCUUCGAAACGGCGCGUCUUUUUGCUCGCGAGACGCUAAACAACCGUGACGGACGCAGUUCUGGAAAAUCCAGGGCCUGCUGCUAUUCGCGUCGCGCUCGCUGUGACACGAUGAGUCAAACAGGCUUCGAUCUUCUCGCAUCAGCCCAUGGGCUUCGCUCCGUUUCAUUCCCCGCAUCAUUUGGCCAUUCCACGGACUUGAGGCGAAGGCUUCCAGACGCGUACGCCUCACUCCCUGCCUCCCUGGUCGGGCCUGAGCGCUAUUUUGGCUUUGACCAAAUCGUGUAUCUCGUUCUUCAUUGCACACCAUCUCCCAUCCGACACGCGGUGCCGCAGUAAAUUCGGUUCGACUUCUCAUUUGGGCGCGGAAAUGGAAGAUGGCUCGAUCAAGCGGCGGCUGUUUUCCGCCACUUACGGUAUGUACUUCUGGUAUUUAAGAAUACCAGACGCGACCUGUUUUCUGUGUGUGUUCUUUUGCUUGCCGCCCCAGCUCUCUCUCAUUCGACAUCCCACCAGCAAUGCCGUUUCCGUCGUUCCUCCAUCACGACAAGCAGCCCGCUCGAGGAGCGUCUCUUCUCCGACGGUUCAAUGGAUUGUACAAACCGCCUCCGACAUUGGGGUCUCUGCUGGCUCCCAAGACGUCGAAGAAGAUGGGAAAGCAGUCCUCCACGCUGUUUGAGCUUGCGCAACCAGUGUGCAUAUCACUUGCCCCCCGAACCUCACAAGACUCGUCGAUCUAUGAAUCCUCAUCGAGCAGCUCGCAUUCCGAUGCGAGUUCAUCUCGCCAAACACUGGAAUUGGCCCGACCCGUUUCGGAAACUUCUGCCCCUCCAGAGGCAUGUGCAUCGCCGCAGCGCGCGCAGAUGAGGCCCCUGCGUCCGGCGCUCAAACAGGGAAGUGGCAGAUUCAAGUCUUCUUCGCAACGCGCCAGUACGCAAGACCUGCACGUGUCGUUCCUGCUCCCCUCUCGGCCUGACCAAGACGACGAGCCUUCCGCACUAUCGUUUCACACCCUUUUCGCAUACACGCAUCUAGAUCAUGCCCCCCUCUCCUACGACAUCGCCUUCCCUCCCUCCAAGCAGACGAUCCUGCGCCGAGGCGCACGGGACCCGAUCCCCAUCGAAGUGCUAGACGAGCCCGCGACGGAGCCACCCAUGUACACCGAGCUGGUGCUGCACUGCGCGCACUUCCCGUGGGACAUCGUCGUCCACCCGCACACCGCCAUCGAGGCGCCCGCGUCGCGCCGGUGCGGGCCGCGCAUGCCCCCUCGGCGGCGCAAGACCCCCAUCACGAACCUCGACGUCGUGUGUGCCGUGCACGACGCGCUGUCGGGGCGCGCCUCGGGCGACGAGUGGGGCCGGCUCUCGACCAAGGUGCAGCGGCGCAUAUCCCGCUCGUACGAGGCGCGGUGCGUGCAGACCGGCGGCGGAUGGGACGCCGGGGUGCGCAAGAUCGACUGGCUCGAGGGCAGGACGCGGCUGGUGGGCAUCGAGAUGGUGCCGGUGAAAAACUCGGGGCAGCCGCGGGCGAUGCUUGUGUUCAAGACCCCUGCUGCAUGAAUUGAAUUGGACUGGCGAGGCCCGGAGUCUCGUUCAGGCCGUGAAAGCUAAACACCCUCUUGUACAUAUAUCCGAACUCUUUCGCAGUCGACGCCUUUACAUGUUACAUUGUUGUACAUACGCCCAUUGACUAUCCUCAACUGUAGAACACCCACUCGCACUGUAUAUACUGUAGAUGACCAUGCUUUGCCCUCGAAUGAAAUUGUUGUAUUCUACCCAGUCACGCUAUCCCCAAACGUUAAGCCAAACUCUGAUUCAGUUGUGUGACUACGAGCGAGACACACCACUCCCGUGAAGAGCGGAGGCGACUCAGACAUGUCGUGACUGCGAGGCUCGCGCACGGAUGCUUCGCUGCCCACUCCUUGCAACGCGCAGAUGCGAGCCCCAACUCGCGUCCCACACGUCGAUUGGCGUGACAGAAACGAUCAUCGUCCCUGCUGCACGGAGGAACAUGUCAGCAUUUAUGCUUUUGCGCUCGCACCCAGACCGCAAAGGUGCCUGGCGAAGCCCACGAGCGAACAAGUCUCACACAAGCUCUAGCGUUCCGAAUCCGAGUCCGCUGGGAGAGUAGCGUGGGUGGGUCCAUGGCGGCUCCGAAAGCCAGAUUGAUCACCGGAGUCGGGUUUCGCAGCUGUUCGCUGCGUCGGCGUGCCGUAUACUUCGGGUCUGGGAGGUGGGGCCCCGGGGAGUGUGGGAGUCUAUGAGUUUCUGUAGGGACUGGGCCCGUUGGUAAUAGAGCUGUAAUACAAGUCGGACACUUACUCCACCGUGCUUUGACGUGCCUAUUAACCUUGUGGCCUUGGUUCGUAGUUCUUGGAGUUUUCCGUUGACUCAACGCACUCCAAUCCAUCAAGUAGCUUUCGG